AACAAGUGCGUGUAUUCCUUGUUGCGCACAAGGUCAUAUUACCAAUUAUAAGCUCAACGUGCUGUAAAUUCGACAGAACAUUUGGUUUCACAGUUUUCUAUUGCAAUGGAGGACACCUACAAUACAAACCCUCAAUUGCUUAAGGAGCCAUUAUCAUUUGCUGAUUUGAUAAAUGCUGGUACACAAUUUGAAGUAGAUACGGCCAAUUACAAUAAUACUGCCUAUGAUGACUUUGUUGUGGAUGACAACGAUGAAGAUGUUGAUGAGGAGGCGAUUGAUCAUGAGGCUCUCGUCUCGCCAUGGACGCGUUCCUUUGAGGAGCUGCGCAAACUAAUGACGCCCGUGAAUGAGUAUAUUUACAAACGGAUUACACGAGCAGGUAUCAAGGAGCAGGGCCUCGUUCCGGAUAAGGCUCGCGUGGCAUUGCGUUACACUGCAUACUGGGAGGGCCAGACCGCUCCAUUCGAUUCGUCUAUGCUGCGUGGAACCAAAUUUGAGUUCGAAACGGGCCAGCAUAUGGUUCUCGAGGGUCUCGAGGCUGCGGUUCGCACUAUGAGCGUCUACGAGCAAUCAGAGUUUAUCAUUUCAUAUAAAUUGCUGUUCCACGAAAUGGGCUGCCCGCCGCGCAUAAAACCACGUGCGGAUGGUUUGUUCAAAAUUGAAGUAAUCGAAUUCACAUUGAUUGGCGAUGAAAACUCUCUGGAGAAUAUAGCCCCUGAGGAUCGCAACAAGUUUGAAGUGGUUUUUCCAAAGGCGCAGGAUAUGCAUUUGCAUGGCAAGGAUUGUGUGAAGCGUGGCUCCUAUCGCAAUGCAGUUGCGGCCUUUGAACGGGCCAUUGCGUCGCUCAACUAUUGCCGCCUGGCUGAUGAGAAGGACGAGAUCAAGCAGCGGGAUCUGCUCAUUACUCUCUACACCAACCUCAUGGUGUGCAACAACAAGGUGAACAAACCAGCGAGCGUGUGCAUUGCUAUGAAAGCUCUGCGGCGGUUGACUGACAAUCAGCCCUCCUGCAAGGCUCUGUUCCAAGAAGGACGCGCUUUGGCCGCGCUAGGGGAUUACGAGCAGGCACGCAAAAGUUUUGUGCAGGCGCAAGCCAAACAACCAAACAACAAGGAGAUUAGCGAGGAGAUCAUCAAAGUGGAGCAGCGUGUUAGUAAAUAUAAGAAGUCUGUGCGUGAGAUUUGGACACGCGCUCUGGCAGUCAAAAAGCAGCCGGAGAAGAAAUCUGAAGAAAACGUUUCAAAUCAACAGCUCAAACGCGAAUUCGAAUCGCAGUUGAAAGAGUUCAAAAAUUCCUCUUUGCAGUCUCUCAAUAUGAGUCGCAAAAUGUACACGGACAAGGAGUUCGACAUGCUUCGCCUGCUGGCCACGCAGUUUAAUAUGAAACUGAGUCUCUCCCCGCUGGAUGUAGAUCAACUUACACUAUCCAAGCUGCAGAUUAAAUAGACGCUAAACAUGCUCAACAUUU